AAUUUUGUUCAUUUGUUCACUUCUCAAUUAUAACUAUAGAUUAUAACUUUUUUUAAAAAAAAAGAAAGAUUUUUUAACCUUCUCCAUUCUUUAUCCAAAUUUUCAAAAUGCCUGGAACUACUAACCCCGUUAUUCGUGCUAAGAAUAAGGCUUAUCUCUCAAAUACUAAUAGUCGAACUCAUUCAUUGAAAAAGACAAAAGAAGAUAAAAUACCUGUUAGUCAAGUAACUUUGGGAAUUAUUCUUUUCGUAGUUAUUGGUUCCGCUAUUUUUGAAAUUCUCAAAUACAUCUAAAAAAAUAUUUCACUAAAAAGGUUUCUUUCUUUCCUGAGAUCAAUUAAUAAUAUUAUAAUAGUCUUUUUCUGAUUUUUCUGAUGUGAAAUCAAAAAAAAAACCCCCUUAAAAAUUUUUUUAAUAUACAUUACAUUUUUUUUUAGUUUAUAAUAGUUACACGCUAAUUUGCAAUUAAUAAAUUAUAGUUU